AUGAAGAAGUAUGGGUUGCAACUUAGGGUUCAACCCCAGCAGAAAAAACAGCCAACUAGACCCCCACUACCCACCCCACAUGGGUUUAACGACGAGGAUGAAGAUAAUGUUGAGAGAGAUAUUUUGCGCCAGGCCUACAAGAACAAAACUCACAGAGAUGUUGAGGAGCAGCAUAAGAAGGCGCUUGAAGAAGACCCUUUGGCGUUUGACUACGAUGGGGUGUAUGAUAAGAUGAAGGAGAAACAAGUUCGGCCCAUUGAGCAGGAUCGACAAGAUAGAAAGCCCAGAUAUAUUCAAGCCUUAUUGGAUAAGGCUAAACAGCGAGAAAAAGAGCACGAGAUUAUAUAUGAGAGGAAGCUUGCCAAAGAGAGAAGCAAGGAUGAAGACCUCUAUGCUGACAAAGAUAAAUUUGUUACAAGUGCUUACAAGAAAAAGCUUGCUGAGCAAGCCAAAUGGCUCGAGGAAGAGCGGCUUCGUGAGUUGAGAGAGGAAAAGGAAGAUGUCACCAAGAAGACUGACAUCAGCGAUUUUUAUUUCAACCUGGGCAAAAAUGUCGCUUAUGGUGCUAGACAAGUCGAUUCUCGGAUACCCGAGAAGCAGCCUAAAGAACAAAUAGUUCAGGUGCAAGUACAAACCUCUCUUGUGGCAAUAACUCCAAAGUCAUCUGCAAUAGAGAAAAUAAAUCAAGAUGACGAUGCUAAUGUAGAGAAUUAUUCUCUUGAGGGACCCCUUUCAAAAUCUCUUGAUCGUGAACAAGAUUCGAAUGGGGGAGCAUCGGCUAGUGAACAGAUGAUACCCGGCGAGCAGAAGAAAAAUGACGAGGCAGCUAAGGACCAUCACAAGAGAAGCGAGGAUGCAGUGGCUGCAGCCAAGGCACGGUUCUUGGCUCGGAAAAAGGCAAAGGUAUAA